AUGUUGGAUGAAUGUAUGGAGCCACGUGUGAUUUUAACGGAUAGGGACCUAGCCCUUAUGGGCGCGUGUGCUAAAGUAUUUCCAGACGCCUCCAGGCUUCUUUGUAGGUGGCACAUACAACAGAAUGUUAUGAAGCACUGCAAGGGUGCCUUCACAGACGAAGACUGGGAUAAAUUUUUGUCAUUCUGGGGGACAUUGAUUGAGUCUCCAUCAUACCCAUCUACGAGAGUGUUCAAUUACGUGUACGAUAACUGGCUAAAAGACUAUAAGGAGAUGUUCGUCUUUGCGUUGACCGAUAAAAGGCGCAACUUUGGUAAUCGUACCACAAACAGAGUUGAGAGCCAACACGCCAACUUAAAGAGAUACGUCCUAGAUAGGAGCUCGCUGGACCGUGUAGUUGGUUGUGUCCGGGAUAUAGUUGAGACACAGUUCGGUGAAAUAAGGAAGACUUUUCGAGAAAGCAUCGAAAAAAGAAUGAACCACCACAAACACCCGAUGUUUCAACACCUACUUGGAAAAGGAUCCCAUACAGCCCUUGACUUGUUGAGGGGAGAGGCAAUUAGGAAGCUAGAUGUCUUGGAGCGCUUUCAUUCAUCAUGUGGUUGCCAAAUGUGGUACAGCUGUGGGUUGCCCUGUGCUUGUAGGAUAGAAAAGUACAUGCGUGAAAAGCGUCCGAUUCAACUCGAAGCCAUAGACGUCUUCUGGCGGAAACUUAACUUCAAAAGUUGUAAAUUGAUAGACGAUGACGUUGACGUGGUUGAAGAGCUAAAUAUUGUUAGACAACAAUUAGUCGCACCCCCCAGCUCAGCAAAAAAGCCUGAUGUCAAAGAUUAA